AUGGAGGGUCCUGAAAUUGACCCAAAUUUCGAGCCUAUAUCGAGGGUGCGAUCUAAUACUUGGCCCUUGCGACCUCAGGAAUUUACGACGAAAUCUGAGCCUACUCCACCAUCGGAAGAGGACAGAAUCGAUGAACAGCCCGGUGAAGAGGAAGCAGAGAUAGAAACGAUCGAAGAAGAUAAAAUCCCUAAAGACCCGCUUGGCCUUAGUGGAGGGAAGAAAACUGGUUCUAGGCGCAAUGCGUGGGGGAACCUUUCAUACGCUGACUUGAUUACUAAAGCUAUACAGAGUUCACCAGAACAGAGGCUUACGCUGUCUCAAAUCUAUGACUGGAUGGUACAAAAUGUUCCAUAUUUCAAAGAUAAGGGUGACAGUAACAGCUCAGCUGGAUGGAAGCCCUGGUGCAGUGGCUCUCAUGUCUUUCUCACCUGCUCAGAUUUUACACUGCAGUGCUGA